AUGUCUUCGAACUACAAGAAGCUAGAGCUAAUUGGCCGUGGAAAGUUUGGGCAGGUUUACAAGGCUAAGGACCUCAGGUCAAACAAAAUCGUUGCUAUCAAAGUCUUGAAUUUGGAUACUGAUGAGGACGAGGUUAAGGACAUCAAAGACGAAAUCAAUUUUUUAUCAAAUUUGAAAAACGUUGAAAAUGUGACUCAUUACUAUGGCUCAAUUUUGAAUGGCACCAAAUUAUGGAUUAUCAUGGACUAUUGUGACGGAGGUUCCCUACGAACUUUAUUGAAACCCGGAAAGAUUCAGGAGGCUUAUACUGCUAUCAUUAUGAGAGAGUUGUUAUUUGCUUUAAAGGCCAUCCAUAAUCAGGGUGUUAUCCACAGAGAUAUCAAGGCUGCCAAUGUUUUAAUUACAAAAGAUGGAAAGGUUCAAUUAUGUGAUUUCGGGGUUGCUGCCCAACUAACUGCUUCUUCAUCGAAGAGAACAACAAUGGCCGGCACUCCCUUUUGGAUGGCUCCCGAAGUCAUUCAAGAAGGUCGUUCUUAUACCUGUUCUGCUGACAUUUGGUCUCUUGGUAUUACCUGUUAUGAAAUUAGUACCGGUAAUCCUCCAUAUUGCGAUAAGGAUGUCACCAAAGCAAUGAGAUUAAUCACAGAAAAGAAACCCCCUCGAUUGCAAGGCUCAAACUAUUCUGCAAAUUUAAAGCAAUUCAUUGCAUUAUGUCUUGACGAAAAUACUGCUGAAAGACCUACUGCUGAAGAUCUUUUAAAGUCAAAAUUGAUGAAGCAAUACAAAAGCUAUCAAACCAAUUUUCUAAGAGGCUUAAUCAAAAGAUAUUUGGACUGGAGAGAGACUCAAAAGGCAAAAGAAAACACAGGUAACAAUAAUAACAACAAUAACAAUAAUAACAACAAUAACAAUAAUAACAAUAACAAUAACCACAAUCGUAAACAUCUUAUAAGAGAUUCCAUAAUUUCCAUAAAUGACGAUCUUCUUAAAAGUAGUGAUGAUCUUACUGAUGAUAACAAUUUGGAUGUUAAAUGGGAUUUCGAUUCUCUCAAAUCUGCUGAAUAUUUGAUUGAAGAAGAUGCCAAUUCAAGUCCUACUGAAAAUAACUUUCUAGUUGUUAAAAAGGGUUAUGACCCAAACAAUUUUAGCAAUCCCAUGCUAAGUAAUACUUUAAAUAAAAACAUCAAUACCAAUAUCAAUACCAAAAACCAUAUCAAUAACAUGACUUUAAACGGUAAUGUGAAUACAAUAAAUAACAAUACCAUUAUUAACAAUCCAAAAUCAAAUAGCACUAUUACUAACCACUCAAAAAAUAUCAUUGGAUCUAAUUCCAACGGUAUAACAACAAAUAAUCGUCAAAAUAUUAAAAAUAAUGACGUCACUUUUGAUGAAGAUUUCAAUUUUACUGGUAGAAAUCCAACUACAAACAAUUUCGACUCGCCUUAUAAUAUGAAUACUAAUACAAAUAAGAUUCCGACUAUGGGUAUUAAUACAAAACUGAAAAACCAACUGAAAAACCACAAUAGCAAUUAUCAUUCGGGAAAUUUCAACAGUCAGCAAGGAUUCACUAUAAAAAAAGAGCUACCGAAAUCAUUACAAGAAUUAUUUGAAUACUCACUAUAUGAAGGAAAUGUGAAUAAUAAUAACAAUAGCAAUAACAAUAGUAAUAGUAAUAACAAUAACAAUAACAAUAACAAUAACAACAAUGAUAACAACAUGCUUAAUAAUGAAAUUAGUAUAAAUCUUGAUUUAAAUAGUUAUAAUGAUAAUACAUUUGAAAUUCCUUCAGCGUCGAGUGCAAUAAUAUCAAGAAGUAACACGCCGAUAAGAGAAAUUGAAAUACCUGAAAUGAAUAUGAUAGAAAUCCCAUCAAUGGAUGAUUUAACUGCUGUUAGCCUAGCCAAUCAUAGUAUUAGUAAUACUACUAAUAACAAAAACAAUAAAAGCAAUAAUAAUGAAAUAGACGAAAGUAUUCAAGCUCCACCACAAAUAUCUACAUUGCUAUCCAAUAGUAAUAUGGGAAACAUAGGCAAUAUGGGGAAUAGUGGGAAUAGUGGGAAUAGUAUUAUGAGUAAUAUAGAGACCAAUAAAACUAGUAAUAAUAGCAUGAGUCAAAACACAGGUAAAUCAACCAUUAGUGGUAUAAACAACAAAUUUAGUAGUAUGAGACCAAGAGCAGGCACAUUGACAAUUAAUACUAGUAAUUUGAGCAUUAAUACUAGUAGUAGCAAUACUAUUAAUAACAAUGAUAAAAAAAUCUUGGGAGGAGGAGAUUUGACGAAUAUUAAUCUUAAUAGUAUUAAUACAUUGAACAAUAUUAAUGCAUUAAAUAAUCUUAAUGGGAAUGGUAAAUUAUCUCGAAAGCCAACAUUAAAAUCCAUAAAAAGCUCACAACUGAGUAUUAAUCAACAGAAUAAUAAUCAGAUAAGUUCACAGCUAAGUUUGCAGAUGAAUAAUCAAAUUAGCCAAAUUAAUCAAAUUAAUCAGCUAAGUCAGUUAAGUCAAUUUAACCCAAGCAAUACGAUCAAUUCAAUAAAUUCGAUAAAUCCGGCGGGGUUGCCGAUCCGAACACCAUCACCAAAGCGAGUUGACUUUUCACCAUCGAAAUCAUUGCCAAUACGAGGAACAGGGUCUAUGAAGCCUGGUGGUAAUAGCAACGGCAAUAUUUUUGAGAAUGGUGAUAGUAAUGAUAAUAACAAUAAUAACAAUAACAAUAACAAUAAUAACAAUAAUAACAAUAACAAUAAUAACAAUAAUGCAAAUAUGAAUGGAAAUGGGGUUACUAAUGGAUCGGCGCUUAGGAAUCGAAACAUACAGCCCAUUGGGGUGUUUCCUAUGAUGCCCAACUUGAAUCCAGCAGCAUUUAUUGAUAUUUAUCCUCGAGAUAAGUUGAUUGGGGAUUUGAGUUUGAUGGUGAAUCACUUUGCAAAGGCAUUAAUAGUGAUGGAGGACAAUUUGAAAAACAUUAAAGAAUCGUACCAGUAA